AUGGUGAUGUCUCAGGGCACCUACACCUUCCUGGCCUGUUUCGCCGGCUUCUGGUUGGUCUGGGCCGUCAUCGUCAUGCUCUGCUGCUUCUGCAGCUUCCUGCAGCGCAGGCUGAAGCGCCGCCACGAAGAGAGGCUGAGGGAGCAAUGUCUGCGAACCGUAGAGAUGGAGCCGCUCAGCUGUCACCCCGCAGGAUACCCUCCUCUUCCUCCUCCUCCUCCUCCUCCUCCACCGCCACCACCUCCACAGUUACCCAGAGAGCCACCGCAGUUCUGCCCUCCUCAAACUCUGUCGCCGCCCCUUCCUCUGCAGGUUCCUCAUCCCAUGCCGGAAGCAAACUGGGUCACCAUGCCAGACACAGAUAUAUUUGGGAAGCCACCCUGCUAUGAAGAGGCAGUUCUGAUGGAGGAUCCUCCUCCACCCUACAGUGAGGUCUUGGCUGACCCGAGGGGGGGCACCUAUUUGAAGCCUGCCCCGCUCCGAGCCGCUCCGCCGCUUCCUCCUCCCAGGGAAUACCAGGAUCCUGCUCCGGUUUUCACAUCCGAGACCAACAAGCCGCCCGUGACGGCCGUAUUCCCCGAGCGAGGUUACUCCUCCCUCAUACGCCUGCCUUCGUCCCAGCGCUGGGACUCCCUGGGUCAUCUCCUGUCUAACAUGGACCUGAACCACAACAACCUCACCCCACCAGGGGCCUGCUCCAUCCAGGCUGCCACCGCAAUGGCCACCAUGCCCCGCCGAGAGCCAAGGACUCACCGUGAUGGACUUGGGCUCCGAGGUGGAAUACAAGGACUCCAAGGAAGCAUACAAGGACUGCAAGGAAGCAUACAAGGACUUCGAGGAGGGAUACAAGGACUCCAAGGGGGGAUGCAGGGGUUCCAAGGAGGGUUACAGGGGCUUCAGGGAGUCCAUAGACUCAGGGGACUGGAGCCCAGCUGUGGCCUGCCAACAGCCUUCCCCCUGCUGGGUCGAAGCACCGCCGUGUAGACCUGGAUGCUUACGGGAGGAGUCUAAACAACCAUAAGUUGGUCCAACUCUGAAGAGCCUUCUGAACAGACUUCCUGUCUGUACGCCUCUUUUGCUGCUCAGUGUUCAUGGCACUAACACCGCUAGAAGUAGAGAUUAAAUUCCGGAAAGAGCUUAAAGAGGGUUAAAGUGCUGAAAAAGGCGUCAGGAGUUAAAUUCCCUGUGCAGCUCUGUGGGCGAAGGGUGCCACCACUGGGAUCCUGACUUCCAGCUCUGUGUGUGGAUAAAGGAAGAAAUUAGACCCCG